GUCCAGUUGACAUAAGAACCCUAAACCCGGCCACUCGUGCUCCAAGCUCCACAGCCCCACCGCCGUCUGCUGCUACCGUCUCGACGGCUCAGGUUCCCGUCGCCGGCGUCCGUCCGUCCGUCCGCCGCGCACUCUCGGCAGCUGCGGCCGGCGAGAGGCUUCAGCUCGGCGCUAUCCCGAGUCUUGAUUCCGCCCGACUCGCUGUCCCGCAGCUCAUCCUCCCGUAGCCGUCGCCGUCGCCGUCGCCGUCGCCGUCGCCGUCGCCUGCUCCCCCGGCUAGGGACGGAACCAAUUCUCCGUCAGCAUUGCAACUCCGGCUAAGCUUCAGGAUCAAUAGUGAGGUCAAAAGAUGGUGAGGCCUUUUGGAGUCAAACGGGGAAACAAAAAGCGGAAGGAGAAGUACGACGAUGCGGAGAUUGAGGAAGGUGAACAUGAGCAAGAACCGCAAUCGAAGCAACUAAAAGCAGAUGAUGAUGUAUCGAGAGAAGAAGAGGCGGAAAAUCGCGAGAAGCAAUCGCAAGAAGCAGAGGAUGAUGUGGUUCAUCAACUCGAAGGCAUACCGCUUGGACCGGUCGAGAGUCAAGGCUCCAAGAACGUCGGGAUUACUUUUGUUCUUGAGAAGGCUUCAUUAGAAGUUGCUAAAGUUGGAAAGACCUAUCAGAUCUUGAAUUCAGAUGAUCACGCGAACUUUUUGAAGAGGAAUGGUAGAAAUCCAGCUGAAUAUAGACCCGACAUUGUUCACCAGGCUCUUUUGUCGAUCUUAGACAGCCCACUAAAUAAGGCUGGAAAGGUUCGUGCUGUCUAUGUAAGGACUGCAAAGGGUGUGCUUUUUGAAGUCAAGCCUCAUGUUCGUAUCCCCAGGACAUACAAGCGCUUCUCAGGCAUAAUGUUGCAAUUACUGCAAAAAUUGAGUAUAACAGCUGCGGGCAAGCGUGAGAAACUUUUGCGGGUGAUCAAAAACCCUGUGACGCAAUAUCUUCCUGUCAAUGCCAGAAGAAUCGGAUUUUCUCACAGCUCAGAAAAGGUGGUUGAAAUGCAGGACUAUGUGGCUGCUAUUGGUGAUGAUAUUCCUCUAGUGUUUGUGGUUGGUGCGAUGGCCCAUGGGAAAAUUGAAUCCGAGUAUACAGAUGAUUUUAUUUCAAGUACUAUGGGUAAUUAUGCAAGACUAAGAGCUAAUAUUGAUGGAGAUUUUACAAAGAUCCAAGGGGUGAAAAACAGGGUUGAAGCUGUUGCAGAGGGAAAGAACUUGUCGAGAGAGGAAUUAUUUUGACGACAUUGUCACAUAAGAUCCUCCUGAUUCAAAGGUUUAGGUGCAUUUAGUGCAUGUGCACCUGGUACAUUUAGUCACGCUCCAAAUCUGUGUCCGCCCCCUUGGAUGUUUUUUUUUGUAGUGCAGUUGGUUAAUGGCUCAUCAGAUGAUAGAACUUCUCUAUAAGUUUAGCCCUUGUAUAAUUUCAAUGACCAAGAGUUCACAAAAGAGAAAAAGUUUGUCAU